ACACCAACAGUUUUCCGUGGUUUCAAUAUCCUUUAAAAUGUUAAAAACAUAGGUUAAAAAAGUGCUUAUUAUUUACUAAUAGUUUCAUUACUGGUCAGAAUUAAAGACAUACAGAAGUCAAAAGUUUUAGUUCCAAAGGUUCGCCACUAAGUUCCUAAUUAACUCAACAAUAGUAUCAUAUUGAAUCAUUGCAACAACCACUCAAAACUAAAAAAAACUCAAAUCUCAAAAACUAAUUUUGCUGAAAACAUCUUUAUGCUGGACUCGUGGAUGAUAUGCAGUCGAACCAUAGAAACUAACGAAAGACCGAAUGAGCAGACCGGUUUGAACUGUCAUAACCUGAGUAACCAAUCGUGUAUGACAUAACAUUUGCUCAGGAAAAAAAAUAUAACCUCUGCUUAAAAUCGUAUUCUGUAAGUUUCUGUAGUCAUAGUUCAUUAUAAUGCAGUGUUUAUACUAGUGUACUUGAAACAUAAAAACUGAAAUGAGAAUUGGCUGGAUCCAGAAACUUGUAAACAAAUGGCCUGGCAAGAAAACGUUUGGAAUGUAUAGAUUUCUUCCCAUGUUCUUCGUACUGGGAGCUGCUUUGGAAUACUCUAUGAUAAACUGGAAAGUCGGUGAGGUAAAUUUUUACAAUACAUUUAAAAGACGACAGGCUAAGGACGUUGUUGAAGAAAAAAUUAAGAAAUAUUCUGCUCUAUAAAAUGCCUGCUGGGGUAACU